CAUUUUGCCGCAGGAUAGAACAAUGUAGGCAUGGCUCAGAGUGCUAGCGCAUUGUUUUUAAAAGUUAGUGGUUCGAGUACCGCUCGUGACAUAGUUUUUAAUCUGAAAACUUUUUAAAUACAACUUUGUUAUUACAAUUGAUAAGGAAAUGUUUGAUAUUAUUCUUAAAAAUAUUUCAGCGUACUCUGCAUCGGCGGGUACUUGAACCGGGGACCUUUCGCAUCAGAGACAGACAUCUUACCAAUUGGUCUAUCGCAAAACGUUUUCCGCGAGUAUUUGGUUCAAAUGCCAUGACAACCGAUACUUGAGCAUAGUUUGAAACUCGAACAAUCAAAAAAAGCUUUUAUCGGUAUGAAAGUAUCAUAAAUUUAUCAUAACUUUUUAAAUUGAUCCCAAAAAUUUGAUCCUAGGUGUAGUGUCAUUUUUAUCCACACUUAUCAAAUUAGCACUCAAAGUUUUUUUUCUAUGUCGCGCUGGGAAUAGAAUUUGCACACGCGAAAAUCGCUUCUCUCACAUACACCAGAAAAUAGCUUUAUGAUCCAGUGAAUACAAAUUCUUGUCAUGAUCAAGGCCUGUCUACCAAGUAAAAGAGCCAAACGAAUACUGGACCCCUUAGUUUAGUGGCUAAAUCGGAACGAAAAGCACAUCGUACGGAACUACAAAAAAAAGAAUGGAUAAGAAUAGUCAGGCACCCCCAAAUGUGUUGGGAAAAAAUCCAUCUAUGGCCACGUGCCCGAGUUGCGGAGUCCGCAGGCAAACGGUUGUCGAUUAUGAGUCAAGUACCAAGACUCAUUUGGUGGCCCUCCUUAUCUGCUUGGUGGGGGGCAUAUGUUGCUGUUGCAUUCCGUACUGCAAAAACUCCUGCAAGACGGCCAAGCACUCAUGUAGUAGCUGUGGAGCCUACGUGGGAACAUACAAGAACUAGAAAUCAUAUCUUAAAGACAAAAAAACUUUCAUUUUCAUAUUUUGUAUAAUUUUCAUAUUUCCUUCAUAUCAAUA